AAAAUCUCUCUCCCUCCCAUGUCGACCAUGUCACGAACCCUAAACCUCUGCGGAGUCCUCUCCGAGGCAAAACGCAUAAUCAACGCCCACUCUCGCCACUUCUUAUCCCUCUCUGUCCUCUUCCUGUUACCUCUCUCUUUUUCUUUCUUUAUCUACCCUACCCUUCAAUCCACCCUCUUCCAAGGCGACAUCGAUUACACCCAAUUCCUCCUCCGAUUGUCCUCCGACCUCCACUAUCCCCCCUCUAAAACCCUAAUUCUUUAUCUCAUCUACGCCUUCUUCGUCGUCUUCCUUUCCCUCUGUGCCUCAGCAACAAUCACUUACAGCACCUUCCAUGGAUUCUACGGUAGACCUGUCAAGUUCAUGUCCGCCAUCAAGUCGCUCUUCCACUCAUUCGUACCUCUUGUGAUUACAAUGGUGGUUUCAAAAACAAUUGCUGUAUUGAUGUGUUUGAUUUUUGGCCUUUAUGUCGUUUUAGUGUAUAGAGGGCUUCAGAUUUUAGGGUUUGAAAUCGAUUAUAAUUCGAGUUAUUUUAUUGGGUUUUGCGUAAUCGUUGCGAUAUUACUCGGGUUGGUCUUAAUCUGGUUACACGUGAAUUGGGCAUUGGCUAGUGUAAUUGUGGUGGUGGAAUCAAAAUGGGGGAUUGAGCCGUUGCGGCGAAGUUUUUAUUUAUUAAAUGGGAUGAGAUGGGUUUCGUUGUCGUUGUUAUUGUAUUUUGGGUGUUUGAUUGGGUUACUGACUUGGGGAACGAUGCCGGCGGUGUAUUACGACGGAGUUAGUGGGUGGAGAAGUUGGUUGUUCAUAUUGCAGACGGUGGUAGGUUCGAGUUUUGUGACAUUGUUGAUGCUUCACGUUGUGGCGGCACAUGCGGUGUUGUACAUGUAUUGUAAGGCUUUACAUGGUGAAUUGGCUUUUGAUAUAGCUGAGGAGUUUGCUCACGAAUAUGUUAGCUUGCCUUUCGAUGAUGAGAAGGCAUCAGUCCGUAGAACCUAUAAAAAAGAGAUGGUUGUAGCGCGAAGGACUCGUGUGCACUACCUUACUCGGCUCGCACGCAACUCCGCCCGGUUAUGUUAUGGAAGACCUGAGCUUAUUGCUGGGCUGGUUAUUCAGAGCCAGCAGUUGGCUGUAAAAUUUCAUCCCGCGACUAGAAGAAGAUUGCUUCGUGAGACCUUGUCAAAUAGGCAGUGUGUUAUUUCAAGAAUUCAUAUUUAUUCUUGA